GUCAUUCUGCUUCUUGUUUUUUUCCCCUAUAGAAUUAGUAAUACACCAAAAGUUAUGGAUGAAAUUGAGAUUCCUUCUCAUUUUCUUUGUCCGAUUUCGCUUCAACUAAUGAGAGAUCCAGUUGCGAUCUCAACCGGGAUAACAUACGAUAGAGAAAGCAUAGAGCAAUGGUUGUUUUCAUCCAAGAACAAGGUAUGUCCGGUGACUAAACAACCGUUGGACGGGGAUUCAGAUCUAACCCCGAACCAUACUCUUCGUCGCUUGAUCCAAGCAUGGUGCACUCUCAAUGCUUCCCAUGGAAUCGAAAGAAUCCCGACACCCAAGCCUCUGAUCCACAAAACCCAGAUCGCCAAGUUGAUUAAAGAUGCCAACAAGUUCCCUGAGAUGCAAGUCAAAUGCCUUGAAAGCCUCAGAUCAAUCACCCUCGAAGGUGAAAGAAACAGGAGCUGCCUGGAAGCCACCGGUGCAGUUGAGUUUCUUGUAUCGAUCAUCAGGAGUUAUGAUUCGUCGUUUAAAAUGGAGAGCAACCAAUGGUCUGAAGUUAUAAAAGCUUGCGACGAAGCGUUGAGCAUUCUUUAUCAAAUCAAGGUAUCCGAAAGCUGUCUAAAGAGAAUCGUCGACAAUGAUAAUGAGUUUGUGGAGUCUUUAGUUCAAAUCCUGAAAAAUGGUAGCUACCAAUCUCGAGCAUACGCCACGAUUCUAUUGAAUAAUGUCUUCCAAGUGGCGGAUCCAAUCCAUUUGAUCAGCCCUACACCCGAAUUCCUGGCCGAGAUCGUACGCACUUUACGAGACCAGAUCUCUCAACAAGCCACCAAGGCAGCAUUGAAACUCCUAAUGGAGCUUUGUCCAUGGGGAAGAAACAGGAUCAAAGCCGUGGAGGAAGGAGCCGUGUUCGUGUUGGUCGAGCUUCUCCUCGAGAGCUCGAGCAAGCGAGUUUCGGAACUCGCAUUGAUCGUUCUAGAUCAGCUCUGCGGUUGCGCCGAAGGAAGGGCGGAGUUCAUGAUCCACGGAGCGGGGAUAGCGAUGGUGUCGAAGAAGAUAUUUAGGGUUUCGCAUGCGGCAAGCGAGAGGGCGGUGAGGAUACUAUCAUCGAUUUGCAGGUUCUCGGCAACAUCUAGGGUUCUUCAGGAGAUGUUGCAGGUUGGGGUGGUGGCAAAGCUUUGUUUGGUUCUUCAACUUGAUAAUGGUUAUAAGACAAAGGAGAAAGCAAGGGAGAUAUUGAAAUUGCACGCUAGGGUUUGGAGGAACCAUUCUUGUAUCCCUUCUCAUUUGUUGUCUUAUUAUCCAUCUUCUUGAGAUUGGUGCUCUUUUAUUUGAUAGUGUGUGUAGAUAGAUUGAAACAGGCAUGGGGUGAAAUUAAAGCACGUCUCUCCAUGCAACUAAUGUUGGAACUAUGCAAAUUUAUUAGGGAUAAUCAA